AAGUUGGGAGACUUGGGUGGGGUCGCGUUUAGCCGCGAGAGCAAAAGGAUUUAAAGCGAGAAAAAUCGGACCCAAGCUCCAGUUAGCUAUGGACUCUUCUCAGUCGCAGCAGCAGCAGCAGCAGCAGCAGCAGCAGCAGCAGCAGCAACAGCCUCAACAACAGCAACAGCAGCUGCAGCAGCAACCUGUUGUGAAGAAGAAGGAGACCAGAGGCCGCAAGCCGAAGCCCAAGGACGAGAAGAAGGACGAGCAGCAAGCUAAGAAGAUGAAGGCUCAGCAACAACCCUCUGUCGACGAGCGCUACACUCAGUGGAAGUCUCUUGUUCCUGUUCUUUACGACUGGUUCGCCAACCACAAUCUUGUUUGGCCUUCUCUCUCUUGCCGGUGGGGUCCUCAGCUCGAGCAAGCGACGUAUAAGAAUCGACAGCGGCUUUAUCUAUCUGAACAGACUGAUGGUAGUGUUCCGAAUACACUGGUCAUUGCAAAUUGUGAAGUUGUGAAGCCCAGGGUUGCAGCUGCGGAGCACAUUUCUCAGUUCAAUGAAGAAGCACGCUCUCCAUUUGUAAAGAAGUACAAGACUAUCAUACACCCUGGUGAGGUUAACAGAAUUAGGGAACUUCCCCAGAAUGCUAGAAUUGUUGCUACACACACUGAUAGUCCAGAUGUUCUCAUUUGGGAUGUUGAGGCACAGCCUAAUCGUCAUGCUGUCCUUGGUGCCACAAAUUCUCGCCCAGAUUUGAUUCUUACUGGUCAUCAAGAAAAUGCUGAGUUUGCUCUAGCAAUGUGCCCCACUGAACCUUAUGUUCUCUCUGGAGGGAAGGACAAGUUAGUAGUUUUAUGGAGUAUCCAGGACCAUAUAACAACUGCCGCCUCAGACGCUGCUGCCUCAAAGUCACCGGGAUCUGGUGGUUCUAUCAUAAAAAAGGCAGGAGAAACAAAUGAUAAAACUGCUGAAGGGCCUUCUAUUGGGCCACGAGGAGUUUACCAUGGCCACGAGGAUACUGUUGAAGAUGUUACCUUCUGUCCGUCCAAUGCACAGGAGUUUUGCAGUGUGGGAGAUGAUUCUUGCCUGAUAUUAUGGGAUGCUCGUACUGGCACUAGCCCAGCUGUAAAGGUCGAAAAAGCACAUAAUGCUGAUCUUCAUUGUGUUGAUUGGAAUCCCCAUGAUGAUAAUCUUAUCAUAACAGGUUCAGCAGAUAAUUCUAUUCGCUUGUUCGAUCGUCGUAAUCUCACUUCUAACGGAGUAGGCUCACCCAUCUAUAAAUUUGAGGGUCACAAAGCUGCUGUUCUUUGUGUUCAGUGGUCCCCAGAUAAAUCAUCCGUCUUUGGAAGUUCUGCAGAGGAUGGGCUGUUAAAUAUUUGGGACUAUGAUAAGGUUGGUAAAAAGACAGAACGAGCUACAAGGACACCUGCUGCUCCUCCAGGCCUAUUUUUCCAGCAUGCUGGGCACAGGGAUAAAGUCGUUGACUUCCAUUGGAAUGCUUCUGAUCCAUGGACUCUUGUCAGUGUAUCUGAUGAUUGUGAUACGACUGGUGGAGGAGGAACGUUGCAGAUAUGGCGCAUGAGUGAUCUAAUUUAUCGGCCGGAAGAUGAGGUGUUAGCUGAGCUUGAAAAGUUCAAAUCUCACGUAAUUGAAUGUGCUGCAAAGCCUUGAGAACUUCGUGAAGUUUUCUACCUUUGUUUUCUUCAGACAACACACUAGGUUGUAGAUCUUGUCGUUGUCGUAGGAUUUGAAUUCUAGUCUAUCUUAGUGUUUUAUUCCUUUUUUUUUUCCUUUUUUCUCUCUACUUGUGUGCAAGUAUUUGGAAUAUCCGGUUCUCUCACUACCAUUAUAGUAGAAUGAAUAUGGCCUACCGGGUCACCAUCAAUGAAUUGAAUCAUCUUGUUUCCUUAGAAUACUUGGAGAAUUCUUUAAAUUGGCUGUUUAAACUCGUUAUUUCGUGUUUAGAAGCUGGGAUUCUUAUUUUUGCCUGAA